AUGUCUAUGAUAAAUUGGGGCAUUGGUGAUCUCUUGGCCGUUACGAAGCUUGCUUGGGACCUCUAUCACAACUGCUUCCUCGUUGCGCGCGAGGCGCCCGAUGACUUCAGACAGCUGGUCAAUGAGCUAGCUUCACUGCAAGCUUGUCUGCGCACACUACGGGACGAUGUCAACUCCGACAAGUCCUUUCUGGACAGGCUGGGUGACAAUAGAAAGCAGACAUUGGAACGAUGCUUGGCAAACUGCUUUGACACCCUGCGUCAACUGCAAAAGCUAGUGAUCAAAUACCGAGAGCUGGGCGUCGGAGAUGGCUUGCAGUUCUGGAGGAAGCUGAAAUGGGUGGGGAAACAAGGGGAGAUCGCAGAGCUGAAGUCAAAGAUUAUGGUGCACACAUGCAACAUUAGUCUAUGCAUGAGCUCUAUCGGGAACUCUUCUCUUGCCAGGAUAGAAACCUCGAUGAUAAAGGCACUCGAAAGACAAGAAGCUUCGACUUCCGCUCCCCAAGCCCAAAGUCAGGAUAAGGAAGAAGAAGACGAGGUCGAUGAACUCAGCCCUCUUCAAAAAGCUAAGACUGCCCCACAGGCUGGCCGCAAUGGGUCUCCAGAGGUUGAGGGCCUGGGAUUACAAGGUUUACGGCGCGCGUUCACUGGAGCGACACUGGUGGAUAAUAUGUCGAGCGUAUCGCCUGAGACGACACCUUCAACAACAAGCGAAGAAGAGAUGUCAGAAUUUGGAUCGCCCAAAAUGGCCAAAGAGGUUCCCAUAUUCAAGAAGACCCCUACCCAAAUGGGUAAGAUGAGAAAGGAGUCAUCGGCGAGUAUAGAUCAUGGCCUCAAAGCUUUUCCACCGAGCCCUAGGAUUUCCGAGGAUUACACCAGGGAGAUACCGAGAAGUAGUCCUGCUGGUGACGACCUGAAGAAGCCUCGCUCGAAAAGACUAAUGUCGACUAGCGGAGAAUCGGUAAUGAAGAGCAAUGGAGUUGGCAGCAAAGCUCCUAACGUUGUUGACGUCGUAGCUGAAGCAAUGCAAGAGUUGGCCAGAGUCCGGCAAAGAGAGCAGUCAGCAAGGCCAUUACGAAUCGUACGGCAAGACCCCGUGCAUAGACCUCAUGAUGCUCUCAAAGAGCGGUUCCAAGAGCUUGCAGAGGACGAACUAAAGAUUCGGAGGUUGAAUGCGAGAGACUGGCUGAGAGUGGCCACUUGGUGGCUACUGAAGGCAAGGUUCAAUACGAGAGUAGAUGAGCGGUCCCAGUACACGAGUACACGCGGAAGCCUCAGCGUUUCCGGAAUUUCUGGAGGAGGGAGAUCAGCAAUUAACCAAGCUUACGUUGACCUGCUGAAGGCAUCAUGGAUACUUUACAACAUAAUAUUGAAAGACGAUAACGACAAGGCAUCUUUAAUGACAGACGAGAACAGGAAAAUGUUUUACAACCUUUCAGAUGGCAUUAGCGAAGACCUGAGCGACUUUCAACCCGUUGACGCGCCAGAAAAGGAUACACUCCUGUGCCAGAAUUACAACAUAUGGGAGCUUCUUCAACCAGAAGAAGAGACGUAUGAUGAGGAGGACCUCCUACCCGGUCUGGAGAACGGUCGAUGGAUUACAGUCGAACAAGACGACGCAGGAGAAGAAGACGAACAAGUGCUCUUCCGAACGUUCGUCAAUGCAGCCAUUGGUGGGAAAAGAUACAGGAUGAGGUCAAAGGGUGCUCCUUACAUGUUGCUUCUGUCCACCAAGGAAGGCGAAAGUGAACCGAAAGUCACCCUCUGCAAUCAAAGCGGAACAUUAUGUCUGACACGCGACUUUACUAUCGAAGACCUGCAAGACAAGGAGUUGCCUAUGAGCCCUUUUGCAGGAUCAGGCAUAAGUCCCAGAGACGCCAUACCGCUAAAUUUUGGCCGGAUGAACCUUACCGUGGCGUUUACCAAUGAAGACGACCUCCAACAAUUCAUGUACAUUCCGAGAGCCUACUUUGACGCUGUGAAAAGGAGAGAGCCUCGGCAAUUCGAGAAAGCUACUGAGACUCUGCUGUUUAAGAGCUCUGUAGAAGUCUUUGAGCAGCUAAAAGCGUCGACGAUGAAGCCGAUGAGUCCUCGACAAGUCUUCCGCUCAUGCGAUCUUCGCGUCCUUGAGACGACCAGCAAGGAGGGAUGGCGAAUGACGAGAAGAGUAGUGAUCAGCUCCUCUGCCGGCGAGCCAAGACCUUGGUGCACGGAGCUGUUCUUGCCUCUAAGUCGAGUCCAAAUCCGAAGAGAAGGUUUAGCACGACAACUUACGGUGAAAUGGUCCGAUUGUACGCACGAAAAGGCCGACAAGACAGACGGCAACUACAAUAAAAUCUACACUUAUGUCUACGAUGACAGCAACCCGAACAUCGCCCUACAACUCCUUUUCCGUAAUUGCCAAGACGCCACCGACUUCGAGCAGACCGUCCUGCGCCUCUCCAUUGCCCCUAUUUUCUCCACCGCUGGUACCGAUCCCCGCUUCGUCUAUAACAUUUCCGACACCGAACCGAAUCCAAAGAAUUACAAAGCCCUUCUUUUAACCCACACUCGCUUCGAUUGGCGAUAUAGCGAGCUCUUUUAUACGUACCGAGACACAGACUAUCAAUUCGACCGCUCAGCCCUCCGCGUCCGCCUGCCUCAAGUCUACUACACAGACUAUGUCUCCAGCUUCGUCGACAAGCUCUACAAACCCCCUCCUGGUGAGCCGCCCCGCUUUUCCCACUGCGAAAAACGCGUCGGCAACACCCCUCUCGACUUUGACGACGAAGCAGUAAGCUUCGGCUUCAUGUCCGCCCUCACCGGCAAUCACGAACUCAUCUUCUCUCGCCGCGCCCAUUACAUCACCACCAAGCCGCCCAAGAAGUUCGGCGGCACCAAAUCAAACAAAGGAACCGCCGAAGUACAACUCUGGCUCAAAGGCAAUACUGUGCGUCUUGUCAGCCGGUGGGAAGACAAGGUCGAGGAUAAGUGGAUCAGCAUGCAAGUACCGAGGGAUGGUCUGACACAUUCGAAGGACACGAACCGUGCUAGUUUUCCGAAGACCGAGUAUGAUCGGGGCAGAAAGGUUGACAUGGCGAAUCUUGUGGCAAGGGAUAGUAGAGAGAAGGAGGCGGGAAAGAAGGUGGGGCCUGUUACUAUUGCUUUUGAAAGCGUAAGAGACCGAGAGGAAUUUGCAGCGGCGCUGGAAGGAAAAGCACCGCCUCCCACUAACCAACGAAGUGCAUUUGACGAUUUGAUGGACAUGUAG